CGCUCUUCUCUUGCGCGUCGACAUUCUCUCGAACGAUCGAUCUUGCGCGUAACGCAUCAAGCGUGUAUAAGAAUCACAAAAGGGGUGUGGGCCCGCGACGUCGUUUCCUUCUCGAGAGGCGUACGACGCGAGAGAUUAUUCGUUCCUCGGUUCGCUGGCAACGCUAUAAAAGAUGUCGCAACCGGAACAGAGCGGUAGUGCGCAGUGCGAGAAGGACAUGUCGACAUCCAAGAGUAGCUCGAUGCUGCGCCUAAACCAGGAGGGCUCGGCCGACUGGCAGGAUCACGGCGACACCGACUCGGAGGUCAGCGAGACCGACUUCCUCACCAAGGGCGCCUUUCUUCUCACCCCCAGCCACGAGCUGAGCAUAGAGAAGGCCGCCACCAUCUGCGAGAAGAUGAACUUCCGAGGCGCAUUUUCUUUGACGAAAACCGCCACCGGCAUUCUCUUCAAGUUCAGCAACAUCGACGACUUCCAGGCGGUAUAUAAAAAGGGGUUUCACAAAGUGACGGGAGCUCGCUUCUACAAGAAGGUCGCUAUACCGUGCAGACCGGCGAAGAUCUUCACCGUCUACGUUCUGGAUGUGCCCGAGGAGUUGCCCGAGGACGAUAUUAGGCACGCUCUCUACAAAUAUCGAUCUAUCGUCGAAGUAACCAGGCUGCCCCUGAAUACGGGAACUGUCUUGAAGGCCAUCAAUGACAAGCUAAAGAGCGACGCGCAGAAUCUGAACGAGCCUGCCACAAUUUAUACGGGGCCACCCGUUAUAAGGGUUACUCUGGCCAGCGUGGAGGAGACCUCGAUGUUGCUGAGCCGUGGUUUGGAUUUUUAUGGGGCCACAUAUUUCCCCACCGAAACGCCCCACACAGCCGCUCAACCCCUCGCCAAAUACAAAAACAACAGAUGGAUCGAGCUGGCGUCGAUCGGCGCGGGACAAAGAGUGAGGGACCUACUUCCGGUCUUUGACAACGCGGGCUUCAACAAAUUGCCACCUCCGGCGAGCCGUGUAAUAAAACCGCAAAGAAACUGACACGUC